AGCCGCCCCAACAAUGCUCGAGGGAUCUUCAAAGCUGGAGAUUCCGAUCUGAGAAAUAUUCGCAGUCUCAGUAAACCCUCCAUUUGUCUGAAUCUUCAACGUCUCCGACGGAUCACUCGGAUCCAUACCCGCCUCCAAACCGGAUCUAGCAGCCUCGACCUCGAACGUGUUCGCAGAGAAGUUUUCUCCUCGACGGGAAGAUUUGCAAAGAAGAAACAGAGCUAUUAAUUCACCAAGUCUGUCAUUUUACUUAAUCAUUUGUUUUCUUUUCUUUUUCCGAUCUGCCCAUUAUGGAUCCCAGCCAGCCUCCAGUUGAAAAUUAUGCGAAUCCGAAGACAUGUUUCUUUCAUGUUCUCUUCAAGGCUUCAUCUUUGGCAUUUUACAUACUCUCUGCCCUCUUCUUUGACAGCUUUGUGAUAAUUUUUGUGGUCACUGUUCUUCUUGCUGCUCUUGAUUUUUGGGUAGUAAAGAAUGUAAGUGGGCGUAUAUUGGUUGGACUGAGGUGGUGGAAUGAAACUGAUGAUAUGGGUGAGAGCGUGUGGAAAUUUGAAUGCCUUGAUCAAGAGUCAUUGGCGCGGAUCAACAAGAAAGAUUCAUGGCUUUUUUGGUGGACUCUUUACCUAACAGCGGUCGCUUGGUUUGUGCUUGGAAUAUUUUCUCUCAUAAGGUUUCAGGCCGAUUAUCUCCUUGUUAUUGGAGUGUGUUUGUCACUCAGCGUUGCAAAUAUUGUUGGCUUCACAAAAUGUCGCAAAGAUGCAAAGAAGCAGAUUCAACAAUUUGCCUCCCAGACUAUUGCCUCUCAGUUUACCUCUACCUUGCAGUCAGCGUUCAGUGUGGUCUAGCAGAAUGUAAAACAAGAAAUAAAAUGCGGUUGUGGAACGUAACGAUACAUUGAGAAUGGUUGUGGCAUGUACAAAACUGGCUCGGUAGAGAUCGCUUAUUUCUUUCAACAUUUUGUAGGAAUAUAAGACCUGGAUUGUAUACUGAAUUAAAGAGAAAGUGGUGUUUUACAAAACAGCCUUCCAUAUACGGCUUCUUUACUCUUAUGUUGCUUGGCAGUUUUCCUCCCCAUGUCAAACUGUGUAGGCAUUGUUUAGCAGGAAAAUACAAUUUAUAUUUGUCUUACAGCCUCA